AUGUCACGAGCAACAGCUCUUUCUUCUUUCAUAGACAGUGCGCCCCCUGGUGAGCUUGCCGAUGUAACCAAGGCCAUAAAAUCCAUCCUCGGCUCCAACAAUGUUUCUAGCGAACUGAACCCCGCCUUUGAGAAAUACAAUGAAACGCAAUUCACCACGACCAAGCUGCCAGGCGGCGCUACUGAAGUGCUGGUCAGCGAGUACAACAAGUUGAGCGACGGACGGUACUACGAUACAGAAACACAGAGCUCAUUUGACUUUGAGCAUGAGACUGGCAAGGCGAGUGCGGUGCAGAGUCAUGUUGUGGAGAGUCAACACCAAGAUCUCAUUAAGAGCCUGAUAAAAGCCCUCUCAGCACACACCUCAGAACAUUACCCCUCCUCCUCUCACGGCGUCUUCCCCACUUCCUCCGACUCAGCUCUCGCACUCCUGACAGUCGCAAACAAAUACUCUCCGACAAACUACUGGAACGGCCGCUGGCGCAGCUCCUACAUCUACACUCCUUCCUCCGGUACCCUGACCGGUAGCAUAAACGUUGACGUACACUACUACGAAGACGGAAACGUACGAUUGCUCACGAACAAGAAGGUCGAUGUUACAGUCGGGAGUGGCGCGAGUGCGCAAGAGAUAGUGAAGAAAAUUGCGGCAGAAGAGAAAAAGUACCAAGAGGAUCUGAACAAGGCAUUCGGAAGUUUGAGUGAGGGCGCUUUCAAAGCGUUGAGGAGGCAACUACCGAUUACAAGGCAGAAGAUUGAGUGGGAGAAGAUUAGCGGGUACAGGCUUGGCCAGGACAUUGGGGGUGGACGGCGGUGA